GUCAUGUCACAGUUUCGAGACCCACUUUUCGGGAAGUUCACAGCCGAAGUGUCAUAAACCAUUUGGUUUCCGAUCUGGUCAAAAUGGCCUUAUGAUUUCCUCCUGGGUAACCGACUGACCCAAGAAAAGGGAAAGCGUGGUUCCUGUUUGCAUAAAAGAUUCGUCACCUCUUUUUGCCCUUGAUUUUCAGAAAUUAAAUGGUCUUGAGUUUGUUAAGAUUUUUCGUUAGCUUGGUUUUGUUCAGUUGUGUUAUGUUCGUCCGCAGUAGAUGAACAAAGAUGAGCAAACUAUUCGAAAUGUUAAAUCCUAUGGUUAAAUAAACCUUUCUGCUUAUAGAACAAUUCCAAACUCGCACAAGAGAAAACCGUACAUGGUGCUCCAACAAAUCUUAUAGGAGGGAUUCAACUCGUCAAAUUCUCCCGAUUUUGUUUAAUAAAGGGAUGGUCUGGACUUGGUAUAGGCGUGGGAGGGGGAUGAGAACCUCAUCACACCGUCAGUAUGACUCGUACUGACCGUGUCUUAAUGUACAGGCAACAACUCAAGGCACUCAGGGCCAACAACAAGAGGAAAUUUAGCCACUGGCAAACUUUAGGUUCAAGAACGUUAGGUAACUUGUUUAAUUUUACCUGAAGGUACAUAAUUAUAUUAGGUUCGUGUGGCAUGCAGUGCGUCGGAUGCUUACAGUUGCCAGCGAAAUUUGCCUUGUGCAACUUGGCCCUUAUGGGCCGGGGCCGGUUGAGAGGCCUGUUUGACCCUGCUACGAGUUGAGUUUUGAAUGUGUGUGAUUUCAAUAUUCUGCCUCCACAAAUAAUGAUGACACAAUAAACCAGACAUCCGAUCAUUAUUAUACAUCCGGUCUGUCCAGUAUUUUAGUUGUCUGGCUCGCGUAGUUCAGUGGUAGUAAGGUCUUUGACUCUUCCUCCGCCAAUAUCGACUUUCACCGCGCGCCCUGCGAGUCGGUGUGCCGGCAAUUACAGGAGAGUGGCUCGUCCAGCUUGCUGAAGAAUUCUCGGUGAGACGGGAGAAUUUCGCGGACUCCGGCUUUGCAGCUGCUCUUGCUUCUGAGGCUCAAGAGAUAUAGCGUCCAAGUGGCAGAACUAACGGAAAAGGACACGAUGAAUCACUACCGACAUCCGUCAGCUAUUUUAAUUUGCAUCUCGCUCCUGAUUGGCUGCUGCCGCGCGGGCGUCGACCAACCACCGGAGGGCCCGUCCGAGGGGGAGAGUGUCGUUCAGCCAAUCGACACGCAGGAGUCUAUUCCAAACCAGGGCCGCGGCGUACCGUCCCAGCCCCGGGUACCGGACCCUUGUAGCGGCGGUUCGCCGAUACUCGUCGGCUUGCCUGGACCAGCCGGACCCACCGGGCCGCAGGGCAUACCAGGGGUACAAGGCCCGUCGGGCUUUCCCGGAAAUCCGGGCAACAACGGGAACAAUGGACAGCCCGGGCCGACGGGCAGGCCCGGGGGAAAGGGGGAGAAAGGUGAACCGGGCUUCACCGGCUUACCAGGUUCCCCGGGCGGUCCCGGGUUCACCGGUCCCCCAGGCCCACCGGGCGCACCGGGCGAUACAGGCAGCCCAGGCCCCCUCGGAACACCGGGCAAGCACGGCCUGACCGGAGCGCCGGGAAGUACAGGACCGGCCGGCCUGUCCGGACCUAUCGGCUUCCCUGGCCAAAAGGGUGACCGAGGGGAACUAGGCCUUCAAGGGCUACCGGGAGAAUGCGCCUGCUCACCGCCCACCGGCACCGACUCUCCCCCGCUGGGUAAUACCGGCGGUAGCCGCCGAUCCACGGGGGCAACGAGUGCCUUCUCCGCUGCUCGCACGACCGGCCUGCUGGCCACCAGCGGGCCCGUCGUGGUCACGUACCAUACGAUUUUCUCCAACAGGGGCGGCCACUUCGAUAAGGACACCGGGAUAUUUUCCUGCGCCAUCGCCGGGACUUACUACUUCAGUAUGAAUAUUUACAAGUCCUCCGCUCAGAACUUCCCACUCGUACAACUUCUUCUGAACGGUGACCACCAGAUUGCGGUGAUCGACUACGGGACCUCGGACACGGAAGACGCGGCCAGCAACACCGUGAUUCUGGACCUGGAGGUCGGCGACCAGGUCUACCUCCAACUGUACGACGGACGGGAGCUGCAUAGCAGCCAUUACCGCUUCACCACUUUCUCUGGCUUCCUGCUUUUCGAAGCUUAAAUUUUUUUUUUAAUGUUCAAACCAUCGUCCAUCCAAAAGGGGCUAAAAUUGGACAAUAAAUAUAGCCCAAAUAUGCAAAACUGAGAAAGGGGCUGUUCCUUGCACUAUGGUUUAAUAUUGUAAAGGGUUAUGCACUGUUUUUUUUUAGGGGGAGCAGUGUUGUGUUUGUAAUAUUUACUAUUUUAAUGAACUUGUAAAUGGAGACAGAGUAGCAAAAAACUAAAUCCAGAACAAAACAAAGAACUGCAAAUAGAAUAAUAAUUUUAUUUACUUCUUUCCCUUCAAGUUCUUCUCACGGCACCAACUUGCACAAAAAUAUACUUUUCAUAUGACAGUAUUACUCAUACAUAUUAAUGCUGUAACUUUUUAGGGGCUAACUGUAAAGUGAGUUCGAGAUUGCGACACAGAUGAGAUAGUAAUACCUGUAGAUUCAGAAAUUUUAUGCUUGAAAUUACAUCCCUGAAGAUUACAGAGAAAAAUCCAAAACAAAGUCUCAAGAUUAUAGUUUGGGAAAUUGAUAAAAACUAAAUAAACUGACUAAUUUUCCGUGCAGGUUCGUAAGAUAAACACUACUGGUAAUUUAUCGCAAUUAUUCUUUACAAACUUCAAACCAUUUGUCACAAUUUUUUACUCCAAAAUAUUUCAUGCUAAAUUUGAAACUUUUUGUUCCUGCAGGUGAGUUUGUUGGACUUGAUUUGAAUGAUGAUUAUUUACCUUACACGAAACUAUGAAGAAGCACAUUUGGUGUUACAUAAAUAACUUCAAUGGUAGUACUAAUAAACGGGGGAAUCAAUUAAAUACUCGACGAGAGGCAAUUUUGAAUUCUUA